GAACUGCGCUUUUUCUACCCGGAGCUGCUCCUCCUCUGCACCGCUCUCCGUGACAGAAAGAGGCAGAGAUGUUAUCCGCAAUCCGGUCUUGUCUUCUACCAGUUUUCAAACUGUAUCUGCUUGGAUUCAAGGUGCUGUUGGUCCAGAUGUUCAGCAAACCCUUCAGGUUGCCAGUGAUGCCCAGACAAGAUGGCAAGGUUGCCAUAGUGACAGGAGGAGGCAGGGGAAUCGGCUUUGAAACAGCCCGCCACAUGGCCAAGCUGGGGGCGCAUGUUAUCAUAGGUGGGAGGGAUGAGCAGGAGGGUCUGGUUGCCGUCAGAAGGAUCUGUGAAGAGUAUAAAGAAGCCAAAGUGGAGUUCACCAAACUGGACCUCGCCUCUUUGCAGUCCGUCCGUCAAUUUGUCCAGAGCUUCAAGGAGCGGGACAUACCACUACACAUUCUAGUCAACAAUGCGGGUGUCAUGCUGGUUCCUGAGGGCCGUACUGAAGAUGGAUUUGAGCAGCACUUUGGCGUGAACUACCUUGGCCACUUCCUGUUGACCUGGCUGCUCCUGGACACACUGAAGGAUUCUGGGAAAUGUAGUUCCUUCUCGCGUGUUGUCAACAUCUCCUCCUCAGCCCACAGCGUUGGCAAGAUCCACCUAAAUGAUUUAAAUAGCUGCCAGUGUUAUUCAGCCCAUGCUGCUUACUGUCAAAGUAAGCUGGCCCAGCUGUUAUUCAGCUCCCACCUCCACCAGGAGCUGCAGCAUGGAGGUUUCCCACUGAGUUCAUGUGCUGUGGAUCCCGGCAUGGUGGAUACUGCUCUCUAUCGCCAUCUCUGGACGCCCCUCUGCCUGGUGCAGAGCAUCAUCGCUCGCCUGCUUUUCAGGACUCCUGCAGAGGGCGCUGCCACGGUGUUGUUUGCUGCUCUGUCACCGACCCUGGAGGGGGAGUGUGGGGGGGGCUACUGGGCCAAGGGGCGAAGGGAGAUGACAACACCGCCGACCUUUGACCCCCAGCUGCAGCUAAGCCUAUGGGAAACCAGUGUCCAGUUGCUGGGCCUGCAGUAGCAUGGGCGGAAAGGACGACUAACUGGAGUAAACCUCGAAGAAAAAAUCAGAUGAAGACCCUUACCCCGGGGCCAAAAGACACCUUCUCCUCCACCUCCCUUUAUCUCAGUAUUUAUUUACAUCCAUACCUCACACCGAGGUGUUCAUAGAGAUUUAUGUUGACAAUCUGACAAUCCACCGCUGGACUGGUUAUUAGGGGAGUGAAAACCUCCAUUUGUUCCAGACCUGCCAAAGAAGGUUUGUUUUUGUUUUUUCGCUUUGAGCAAAUAAACAUAUACAAACACACAAUAGGGGUUACAUCAAUAUAUGGUUUUGCUGUCAUAGAUACUGGGCAGCUGCUGGCCUUAAGUUAUUAACAGAUAUCAGUUGUCAUCCAUCUCUGAUAUGAAGCUUAUUCCUUGAUCAUAACUAACCUGAUGUCUGGCCGGAGGAAUCGUUCCACAGUGUCAUGUUCUAAAACCUGCCAUGACACCUGCCUCACUCUGCCUUAAUGUCAUUAGUCUGGCUUUCAGUGAAGAUGUUCAUUGUUCAUUGUUCAGUGAACUAACUGCUGUUUCAGAGGCUUUUCAAUGUGUAAGGUAAAAAUAUCAGCAAACAUUACGAUGCUUUUAUGGCAAAAUAAUACUUUGGCAUACUGGCUUCAAAAAUCCCAUGGUGGUCAAGCCCUAGCAUACACACAUACACACAUUCAUGCUCCUUGAUAAUGUCCUAAUUUUCAAAUCUGACCCUGCCUUUCCGUGGCAAGGGAAUGUGAUGUCAUCAGUUUCAUUUGACACAUCACCAUGAUUUUACAGAUCGUC